ACGCCUUGGUGGGAGUUUACUACGACAAUAGCAUGGUCAUGGAUAACAACAACAACAACAACGAGUUGGUGGUCAUCAACAGCCACAUCUUCAACAAACGGUGGACAUACAACAUCAUGGUGGUCGUCCACACCCCAGUCUCAUUCCACACAAACAACAACAACAACACCGCCGUCGUGGCCGUCAACAGCAACAGGGUGGUGGUCAACAGCGACCUCCUGGUGGCCAUCAAAUACUACUCUUUCAACACCAUCUACAACAACUGCUUUGUGGUCAACUACUCGAGCACCUACAACAAAUCAAUCUACACAUGGGUGGAACUUCACGACAAGCUCUGUACUCAAUACAUCGACGACAACAAAUCCAGGAAUCUUACCCCCACCUGCUAAUGUCAGCAUUAAGUCCAUAGACAUUCUACCCACACUGUCGUAUAGGGAACAACUUGACGAAACUACAAGUGGUGCAAUAACUUACACUCCUUACAUUGUAUUUAAGUGCCACUUCAUUUUAGACGGCAGCUUUUUCUAUUUCAUAGAUUGGUAUGUGAAUGGUGUGGCCUACAAAACGUUUGGACCUUCCAGGAAUUUAGACGAGCUAGUUUUGACAGAUACUUAUUUAGAGAAUGAUAAAAUAUCCCCAGGGAUUGACAUAUAUUGCGGGGUUCGUGUUGCCAGUGAUGAAACUGGUAGGACAACACCGUCUUUCAAUAGUACUGUUUUCUUUGCAGGACUUAAGAUUGUUGGGAACCGGACAAGCCUUUCACAAGACACUGAAGCAAGUGUCCGAUUGAUGUCUACCGUACCGAUUGGCUGCAAGUACAACAGCCAUGCUCCUAACACAGAUUGCUUCUUGGAUCUGCAAAUAUACGAUCCAGCUGGAUACAAAUGCAAUCAAGGAAAUAUUGUGCAGCUGAAAGUCAUGCCAGACAGUCAGUUUUGCGGACAGAAAAUCAAGGGUCUGAAAAGGGGUGACUUCUGGAACAUCUCUGCGAUUUACGAAGUUAAAAUACAAACUGUGGACGAAACUCGAAACGACAAAAGUAGAUAUUCUCUACACAUGCUAACUGCGACAGAUUUCGGACACAGAUGGUUCAGUAACUAUAAGCUUGGCGCCGUCGACGUUGAUGUUCAAAAAGACAAUACAUAUUCAAGAGUUUGUUACUCUCACGUUGAUCCACACAUGAAAACUGCAGAUGGGCAAUACUACGAAAAUCAAGAAGAUGGAGAGUAUCUUUUGUACAAAAAUGUAAAGUAUGGAAUUGAGGUACAAGAGAAGUACAAACGGUGCAAUAAUAACUAUGCUUUGUGCACCUGCGGCAUAGCGAUCAAGGCGGGUGCGGAUGUUUUUAUGAUCAACACCUGUGGCACGGCAGUUUUUACUGGGUUUGUGAGCUGUAGGGACGGUGGAAUUCUAAAGAUCGUCAACCAGGGAACCAGGCAGUUUUACGUGUACACGCCAAUAGGUACGUGGAUUGAUAUUUAUAUGCAUGGGUCCUCGUAUAUAAAUACAAUGAACGUAGACAUUUAUAUGGCUCCGAAGGAUAAAAAGCAAACGGAGGGCUUGUGCGGUUAUUUUGACGGAAAUAACGCCAAUGAUUUCCGCACACGCAACGGAACGACAAUAUCAGCUUCAUCAUAUCCGUAUGCGUUUACAAGAAGUUGGAGACUCAACGACGACGAAAACCUCUUUAAAACGGUGCGACCACCUCUUCGCAAAUGGUCCGAAACCAACGGAAUGUACUGUGUUUGUGACCCGCCCAGUACACGCAAUACAUCCAGAGGGGUGUGUGCUGAAACCCAGUACAUGAGAUGUCCGCGGUACGAGGCCACUACCCAGAAAUACUGCCGGUUCUCGGGGAACAGAAAGAAGAGAUCGACCGUUAUGAAAGAAGAACGCGAAUUACUUCGAUUACUAGCACUAACGAAGCAAUCUAAGGAAGUACAUGACCUUAAAAAGAGAAGCGAGAUGAGCGUUAAUGGAUCAAGUAUAGAUGUGGAGGUGGCGCGCAGGCAUUGCACGGCUGCAAUAAACGGUUCCGUCGCAGUGUCGAACAACGCAGAGUCUUUAGGUGGCGAAAGCCCCGAUGAGGUCAUCAACCAAUGCAUGUUUGAUGUACAGGCUGGCGACGAUCUUUCGCUGGCACAAGUUCACAUAGAUUCACUGAAUGGACUUGUUGAGAAGGAACUCGCUAAGGAUCCAGAAUAUGUUGCUAACAACGCUGAUAAAGUCCAAACAUUCAUUAAAAACUCUUGUCCUUCAAAUUGCAGCGGACAGGGGGUAUGCUCGGAUGAAGGAACCUGCAUAUGUAGCAAGUACACACAUGGUUCAGACUGCAGUAUCGAUGAGAGGGUGGCAUUGAUAAUUGACGACAUAGAGGGUGGAGGUCUCUGCAACUUGACAGAUGGAGACGGAUGCACUUGCUUUUACGUCAGGACCAUGAAUUUACUACAGAACUUUUCAUGUCAGAUAAACACGAAAGUCGGAUUGACAGAUGGUACCAUAUUAGAUAAAACGCCAGUCCAUUUAUCGGGUGAAUAUGACGACAUGUUUACCGGUGUGUGCUGCGUACAAGCAUCUGAAGAUCCAUCAAGGGAAAGACGCUCUGUGGCGGAGAGUCUUUUGUUUUGGAAAAAGUAUGAUAUCGCUAUAAGCAACGAUGGGACAAACUUUGGAAGCCCUGUGUCCAUGAUUGUAUUUGAUUCUGUUUGUCAGGAAGUUUUAGACCUAGGCGAAGUGACAUUAAAGGACGACUUCUGUUUCAUUGACGGGACCUGCGUAGCAUCAUACGGUUCACAUAUCAGUGAUGAAUGCUAUCAAUGUGAGCCGAGCAUCGACAAAUACGCCUGGACACAAGUUUGUGAGCCCGAGAAACCGCAAAAUCAGACGGCCGUGAUAAUUAGCGUCGUAGUUGGCUUCGUGUUGGCGGUUGCUUUGAUAAUUAGCGGAAUUGUCAUCUGGAAACUGAAGAUUCAGCCACGGAUGAAAAAAACGAGAUCUGUCAAUGUCAGUCAACAGUUUCAUUCCGAAAACAUGAACUGAAACAGGAAAACACUGUUCGUCGACGAAAAACAUUUGUAUAAUCAUUCCAAAUAUACCAUUUUACUAUUUAUCUGAACCAAUGUAUUUCCACAUAGAAUCUACAACGUGGUAUGGUCUGUUUUUCAGCAUUCCAAGGCGAUGACCCCAGUUUUACAAAUUUAAGCGUUUGUACUUACCAUGAACAACUUCGGUCAAUGAUGCUGAUGCAACUGGAAUUUCAUUUGGUUUAUAAAAGCAUGUUUAACCAGAACAUUGUAUUUACCAUUAAAACGUGGUCUCGACGUUUCUCAAGACUCUUUACACAUAUAAUUGUCAAUACACGUUUGGGCAAAUUAUACACAACGUGAUCAUCUAUUAGAGGCCAAAGAUUAAUGCCGUCAAUACGAAAUUGUGUCAAGAUGUGUUUGAGUUACAAUAAAAUUUCUCUAUA